AUGUGCUCGAUUCCACCCACCCCCAUCGAUAGCAAAACAGCUCCUGGGUGUGACCUGAAACAUAGAAUCAACGCUACUGAACAUUACAUUGCGGAGCCAAACGAGGAGACCACCAGUGCAGAGGUUUUCGCCUUCCAUCACCGCCUGUCGCCCGUGGGUAAAGAACUAGGACCACAAACAGAGCCUGCAAUCAGCGGUCAUCCUACACAUUCACCAAUCUUCGACAAACACAAAUUAAAACACAACCCCAAAGGAGGACGGGAAUAA